UCAUGUGUUGUUUCCGGUAUGAAUGAAAGAUGCUCUUAUAUAAAAGUAGUAUCAGUUUUGAUUCGUAAAAUGUGUAUACGGUUUGAUUCUCAAACUCAUUAAGUUUAAAGUAUUUGAUGGUUAACAACUAACACCUUUGUACUAAAUAAACUGAAGAUCUUAGAAAACACUUCAAGAAGUACGAUAACUGAGCAAGUGAUGCAAUGCUUCCCUCCUUUAUUUAACCUUAAUGGUAAAAUCUGUUUGAUUCUCCAGCAUCUUUGGCCUAAAUUAAUAAUUAUUCAUGAGGUACAUGGUUUCGGAAAGUAAAACUCUGUCCCCGAGCAGUUUAUUUGUUCAUAUUAAAUUUGAACAUCUAAUUGCUGGAAUCAGCGGCGGUGUUACUUCAACACUAGUUCUGCAUCCUCUGGAUUUGCUUAAAAUUAGAUUCGCAGUUAACGAUGGCCAAUUGCUAACAAGACCUAACUACCAAGGCUUAGGAAAUGCUGUUUCUACUAUAAUUAGAGAAGAAGGCAUUCGGGGAUUGUAUAGAGGAGUAACACCUAAUUGUUGGGGUGCUGGAGCAUCAUGGGGUUUUUAUUUCCUUUUUUACAAUGCAAUCAAAGCUUACAUGACAGACACGGAUGACAAGUCAAAAAUCACCUUGGGACCAGGUAGUCAUAUGCUUGCUGCUGCUGAAGCAGGUGUUAUCACCUUGUUUAUCACAAAUCCAAUCUGGGUUGUAAAAACAAGAAUGUGUUUGCAAUAUCAACCAUGUUCUACUGCAUCCAGCUUACCCCCAUCAAAACAUUAUAAUGGUAUGUUGGAUGCUCUAUCUAAAGUUUAUCGCCAUGAAGGAAUACCAGGAAUGUAUAAGGGUCUUGUACCUGGCAUGUUUGGGGUCUCACAUGGUGCCCUGCAAUUUAUGGCUUAUGAAGAAUUGAAGAAAAAGUAUAUUAGCUAUUAUCAUCUCCCACUUGAUGAUAAACUGGGUACAGCUCAAUACUUGUCAUUUGCUGCCUUGUCUAAACUUUUUGCUGCCAGUGUAACUUAUCCAUACCAGGUUAUUAGAGCAAGGCUUCAAGAUCAGUAUAAAGAAUACUCUGGUGUCUUGGAAGUAAUUAAAAGGACAUGGAGUGGAUAUUUGAAGAUAUUUUCCUUUGCAUUGCAUAUUUAUAGUCCUAUGUAAUAAUCUUUUCAUUACUUUUUGUUUCUUUCCAUUUUUUUAUUUUAUCAAAUAUUAUGUAGCUUUGCCAUAAUUAAAUAAUAUUCUAUGCAAUCCAAAAAAUGUAGAAGGUUUGGAGCUAAAAACUGUUAAAUCAAAAUCUUAAAAAUCAGUCUCAUCCUAAUUUUUUUAAGAAGUUUACUUUUUGUUUAACUUUUAUGAUUACUAUAAAAUUUUUAUACUUUGUUCUGCUGUAUUAGUGAACAAAAUUUUAUUAUAUUGAAUCAUACUAGUCACAAGGCUUUCACCCUUCAUAAUACUGUCUUAGUCCUCAGCCUUUUAAUGAUUAGGCUGUAUACCACCCUACUUAAUAUUAAAAAAAAAAGUAUAUUGUUUAUAUAGUAAUUUUGAAUAUGAAUAACAAUUUGUGUUGUAUUUUAAAAUAUUAAUUAGUAUAUCACUAUGUUAAUAAAUAUAUUAAUUAUAUUAAUAUACUAAUUAAUAAAUUAAUUAUAUUAAUAUACUAAUUAAUAUAUGAAUGAAAUCAAGUUAAUAAAUUAUAAAUAAAGGUGGUGAUGUUAGAGUUAAAAUGCCUUCAAGAUAAGAGAGAUGCUAUUAAACCAUUUAUUUAUAAUGUUCUUUCAAAUAAUGAUUAAUAUCAAAAAAUCAAUUAUAUAAUUGAUAUUUACAUACUAAAAAUCAAUUAUAUAAUUGAUAUUUACAUACUAAAAAUGUAUGAUAAAUAAAUUCUUUAUUAUUGAAAUCACCUUCUAAAAGCUUAUGAGUGCUCUUCUAAUUUAAAAUAAAUUUCAUGUACUAUAUCAUUUUAAUGUUGUCUGCCAACUGCAAUAUUAUGUUUCUUGCACAGUAAUUAUUAUCAUAUACAGUACUUAUUGUCAUUAUACAGAGAUGUGUUAGUAAAUAAGAAUUUGAUAAUUGGUCUUCACGCUGUCUAAUACAGAUGUUGGAAACAUUUUAGUAAAUAUAAGAUUGAUGUAAAUGUGUAUAUGUAAAUUGUAAAAAUAAAAAAAAUUUCAUCCUGAA